UCUCUGGUAGAGCGACACGCAUCUCAUCCCGUCGGCAUGAUUGCCUUCCAACAGUUCCUUAAGGGUGCCACUGACACGGUCGCCAACCCUUCCCUCCGAGCCGUCAUGAGGAGCGACAUGAUUCGGGUUUCAUUUACGGUGAGCCUAGGUCCAAUUCUUGACUCGAUACGUACAGAUCCUAUUAACUAAAUGUAUUUUCAGAGUCCGUAUUUGAUGUACACGAUACUUGCCGUAGGCAUUCUUCACCUCAAUCGCAUUUCCCCUGGAAACAAAACGUGGCAGCUUGCAGAGACAUAUUUCUGGCAGCGCGCGAUUAAGCUAUACCAAGCGGCACUUACCUCCAACGUUACUCCCCAGAAUGUUGAUUCCCUCCUGUCCACUUGCAUGUUCAUGGGACUCACCGCUCUCUGCCCCGAGAAUAUCAAGCCAACGGAUUCGUGGGUAUUAUCCGAUAAACCAGAUGCAAUGAACUGGCUUUGCUUACAGAGUGGCCUCCGGUGUAUAAUAACCCUCGCUCAGUCGUACCUUGAUUCCAGCAUCUGGGGCUCCACAUUUCAGCAGGCCCACAAGGACGAACAGCAAUUCUUGAAGCGCGUAGUUCCAGAGGGACGGGAGGGUCUUGACCCCGAUCUGGCUGACCUCUGUGGGAUUGACGACUUUACCACGGCCAAAACAAACCCAUAUUACGAGCCUCUCCGAUUAUAUACAGCUAUAUCCGAACUAGAACGCAAUUGGGAAAAUUCGGCCAAAUGUGCCGAGUUCAUGGGGAAGUUGACGAACGAGUUUCUUGCACUUUUGAGACGGAGAGACCCCCCAGCCCUUCUAAUUAUGGCGCAGUGGAUGGGCCUUAUGUGUACCCUAUCCCACUGGCAGCCGUGGGUUUUUGGUCGACUUGUUACUGAAUGUACCGCUAUUUGCAUGUACCUCGAGAACGAUCCGGAUCCCCGGAUCUCGCGUCUUUUGGAGUUUCCAGCUAGCGCGUGCGGAUAUUCGUCUCGGAAUGUUUGUCAGCGUACUUGAGUACGGAUAACCAGAACGGCUCUUUCUUUGCACUUUAUAGUCCAAAAGGACUUUAGAGAUAUCGUUUUUGUUGACUUUAAUUUGACGUCGAUACGUCGUUCAUCAAUAUCUCCUUCUCAAUAGAUUAUCACAAUAAUCCAGUCAGUCGAGAUAAGUUUAUUCUGCCCAGUAGACUAUCUUUGGAGAGAUAUAUAUCUCAGAGUCGAAGGGUUGCCAAUAAGCGAGAAGAUCAUUGGCACGGGUACAAAUUAUUCAGAGAAUAAUAACUUACAAACACAAUAGUGCUGAUCAAAAAAGGGGAAAAAAAAAUCUACUAGGGUUAUAUCUAACUCUUGCCUACUCUGCAUACUCCAACUGUCCAAUUACAGCAACCACAACCUACUCCACAUCAAUCUACCGCCUGGUUUAGCCCAUUUUCUGCCAUCUUAACAUCGUCACCGCUUCCCAAAUAGCCCAAUACAAACAACAUCCACUCUCAGCAACAAACCAUAUGGAAGUAUGUACAGGGUACCUCUGCGACUGAUAAUAUUCGUUAUGUCCUUAUUGCUCUCUCAGCAUUGAACACUUUCUACCGUUCGACUGAUGGACACUCUACUGGCUCAUUAAGCCAAGGCCAACCUCCAACGCCAU